CUCAGACAGGCGGGCAUCUCAAGCCGGUUUCGUCGCUGCUUCUGUUUGGCAACCCUCUAGUCAUGUCUUCCAAGAAGAACAGAAAGCGGGUGAAGCAAAACGCGGAAAGUGGUUCGCCCUUGCCCUGUGAUGCUUCCUCUUGUUCGGGGACCCCAUCCUCUUCUGCUGGGUCUGACUUCGCGAAGGCAUCCGGGACACUGGUGGUGACCAACUUCCUAGAGAAAGAUGCCAAAGUUCCUAAAACAUUCCAGAAUUCCCUUGUUCAUCUUGGACUCAACACUAUGAAAUCCACAGAGAUAUGCAUAGGUCGACCAGUGUUGCUUACCAGUGUGGAUGGAAAACAAGAGGUCUAUACAGCCUGGCCAGUGGCAGGAUUUCCUGGAGGCAAGAUUGGCCUGAGUGAAAUGGCACAGAAGAAUGUGGGUGUGAGGGCCGGUGAUGUCAUCUGGGUCCAGCCUCUUUUGGGGGCUAUAUUACAGGCUCAGGAAAUGGACCUGGCACUGAGUGACAAAGAUAGGGAAAUUAAUGAAGAUGAAUUGACUGGCUGUAUUUUGAGAAAACUAGAUGGGAAGAUUGUUUUACCAGGCAACUUUCUCUAUUGUACCUUCUAUGGACGACUGUGCAAGUUACAAGUAUUGAAAGUGAAAGGGGCAGAUGGCAUAAUAUUGGAAAGAUCUCAGAGUGACUCUGGCACUGAUGCCCAGGAAAUGACUUCUGAAUGUUCCAGCAUGGAAACCAAUAGCCUGGAUAUAUCCUUGCAGCUAAGCCAGUUAAAUCUGGAAGAGCCCCGGAGCCCAGCAUCAAGAAGUACUCCUUAUAAACCUGUUGAUGACAGAAUUACAAAUAAAGCCAGUGACAUUUUGUUGGAUGUUACACAGAGCCCUGGGGAUGGCAGUGGACUUGGGCUACAGGAAGUUACAGGUCUUAAAUGUAAUUUUGAGUCAGCUAGAGAAGGAAAUAAGGAGCUUAUCAAUGAAGACAGACUGGUAAAACCAACCAACGUGGGACCAAACUGCAAUACUGAUACUUUUUAUUUUAUUUCUUCAACAACAAGAAUCAAUCUUAAAAAGAUUCAUACAAAUUUAAAAGAGCAAGACAGCCAAUUCAAAGUAACUUAUGACAUGAUUGGAGGCUUAAACAGUCAGCUGAAAGCAAUUAGAGAAAUAAUUGAAUUGCCUCUCAAACAGCCUGAACUUUUCAAGAGUUUUGGAAUUCCGACCCCUAGAGGAGUAUUACUCUAUGGUCCUCCGGGUACUGGAAAAACAAUGAUUGCCAGGGCUGUUGCUAAUGAAGUUGGAGCUUAUGUUUCUGUAAUUAAUGGCCCUGAAAUUAUAAGCAAAUUCUAUGGUGAGACUGAAGCAAGAUUACGUCUGAUAUUUGCUGAAGCCACUAUACGGCAACCGUCAAUUAUUUUUAUUGAUGAACUGGAUGCACUUUGCCCUAAAAGAGAAGGAGCUCAUAAUGAAGUGGAAAAAAGAGUUGUAGCUUCCCUGUUAACACUGAUGGAUGGCAUUGGCUCUGAAGGAAGUGAAGGAAAGGUGUUGGUCCUUGGGGCCACAAAUCGCCCCCAGGCAUUAGAUGCUGCCCUCCGAAGGCCUGGACGAUUUGACAAAGAAAUUGAGAUUGGAAUUCCUAAUGCUCAGGACCGGCUAGAUAUUCUCCAGAAACUGCUUCGAAGGGUACCCCAUUUGCUUAAUAAAGCUGAACUGCUACGGCUGGCAAAUAGUGCUUAUGGAUAUGUUGGAGCAGACCUGAAAGCUUUGUGUAAUGAAGCUG